AUGGAAGAUGCAGCUAAUUUGAAAGAGUAUUCAAGUGCUGUGAAUGAAAUGGAAGAUCCAACAAAUAUGAAAAAUAAAGUGAAGGACCCAGAGGUUGGAGCAAUAUUUGAUUCAUUGGAAGAGCUAGUUGAAUAUUACAAAAAUUACGGGAAAGAAAAGGGGUUUGAAGUUACUAUAAGAACCUCAAGUAAGGGAGAUGGUGGGGAACUGAAAUAUUUGACUUUGGCAUGUUCACGUUCCGGAAAGUCAAAGUGUAAUUCAAGGAACUCCCUUAAGUUGCAUCCAAUAACAAAAACAGAUUGUCAGGCUAGAGUUAGAGCAUGUAUAUGCCUUGAUGGAAAGUGGAAGGUGUGCUCUUUUGUGCUUGAGCAUAAUCAUGAGCUCAGUACUCCAAGUAAAACUCGGUUUUUUAGAAGUAGCAGAACAAUCAAGCCAUAUAUGAAAAGAAAGAUAGAAGUGAAUGAUCGAGCUGGGAUAAGACCGAAUAAAAAUUAUAAUUCUUUUGUUUUUGAGGCAGGUGGCUAUGACAAAUUACCCUUUCUGGAGAAAGAUUGUAGAAAUUAUAUUCAAAAAAUGAGGCAAUUACGGCUUGGAGAGGGUGAUGCUACUGCAAUCCAACAAUAUUUCAUGAAGAUGCAAAGUAGUGACUCAAAUUUCUUUUAUAUUAUGGAUUUGGACCAAGAUGGUCGAUUAAAGAAUGUGUUCUGGGUAGAUGCAAGAAGUAGAGCUGCAUAUAGGGAGUUUGGUGAUGUUGUGACAUUUGACACUACAUAUUUAACAAAUAAGUAUGACAUGCCAUUUGCACCGUUUGUAGGGGUGAAUCAUCAUGGGCAUUCGACAUUGCUAGGAUGUGCAUUAAUCUCUAAUGAGGAUACUCCAACAUUUACAUGGUUAUUUCAAUCUUGGCUUACAAGUAUGUCUGGAUGUGCUCCCAAUGGAAUAAUAACAGAUCAAGAUAGAGCUAUGCAAAAUGCAAUCGAGAUUGUUUUCCCUAAUACACGACAUAGGUGGUGCUUAUGGCAUAUAAUGAAAAACAUACCUGAGAAGUUCAAAAGCUACACACAAUACGAGCCUAUCAAGUCUUCCUUCAAAAGUAUCGUUUAUGAUUCGUUAACAUGUGAGGAAUUCGAAGAAAGUUGGAAUAGAUUCACUAAAACAUAUAACCUUCAACAAAAUGAAUGGUUAGAUGGAUUGUAUAAUGAGAGACGACGAUGGGUUCCAGCUUUUGUGAAGGAUUCGUUUUGGGCAGGAAUGUCUACUACACAGCGUAGUGAGAGCAUGCAUGCAUUCUUUGAUGGGUAUGUUAAUUCAAAGACAACUUUGAAGCAAUUUGUUGAACAAUAUGAGAAUGCUUUGCAUAAUAAGGUGGAAAAGGAGAAGCUAGCAGAUUUUGCUUGUUUUAAUUCACGGGUUCCUUGCAAGAAUCGCUAUGAAUUUGAAAAGCAAUUCCAAGAUGCUUUUACGAUUGACAAAUUCAAAGAGUUCAUGGAUGAGUUCGCAGGUAAAAUAUAUUGUGGAUUAUCAUCAGUUAAGGAAAAUAUUGCCCUUGCAGAAUUUCUAGUAUAUGAAGAUGUCAAAGUUUGGGAAUGUAGUAAACGUGUUAUUUUCAAGGUAAUCUUGAAUGAGGAAGCAAAUGAGGUGAAAUGCAAUUGUCGACUAUUUGAGUUUAGGGGAAUAUUAUGUCGGCAUAUAAUUUUGGUACUGAUUGAAAAGCAAAUUUUUCGUAUUUCUGAAAAGUAUAUUUUCAGGCGAUGGAGAAAGGAUGUAAAAAGAUGUCAUACAAAAGUGAAAGUGAGUUAUGCUGAUUGGAGUUCCAAACCUGAAGCACAUCGCUUUGAGAAGAUGUGUAACUUAUUUUAUGAGGUAGCAGACAUGGCAACAAAGAGUGAUGAAAAAUGUAAUAUGGUGAUGGGGUUGGUAAAUGAUUUGAAAUUGAAGCUAACAUCGAAUGAAGUUGUCAGUGAAAGUAAUCAACAUGAGACCAAUGUGAUUGAUGGGGCUACACAAGUUGACAAGUUUGAGGAUACUUCAAAUGGGGGUUGCAAAAUUCUUAGUCCACGAGUUGUCCGAGGUAAAGGUCGUCCCCCAUCAAAACGGUUACAGUCAAAAGUUGAGAAAGUUAUUCAAAAAAGAAAAGCAAAGAAUAUACAAAUGAAGUCUAAUGAGAAAAAACUGGAAAAGGAUUUUGGGAGAACAAAAGGUUUGGGCAAUGCUUUUGAUACAUCGUUCGAUACAUAUAUGCAUAUAGAGAAAUUCCCUGAGGGUAUUAGGAAAUAUAUCACUCACCAGACUGAAGUUCUUCCGGAUGGUAACUGUGGAUAUAGAACCAUAGCUAUGGCAAUGAGAUUUGGUCAUAAUGAAUGGCGUAGGGUACGCAAGGAUUUGUUGCAGCAACUACAAGAUAUGUCUUCUAUUUUUAAGAAGUGUAUUCGGGAACAUAAACGGUACUACGAGAUUGAGCGAGCGCUAAAUUAUUUUGAUGAUGGAUUUGCACCAUUCUUUUCUUGGAUGACCAUGCCUGAUAUGGGGCAUAUUAUUGCCACAUGUUAUGAUGUGGUUUUAAUUCUUCUAAGCAUGCGUCAAUGCCUUACAUUUCUUCCUUUCUCAGUUCAAUCAAGCGAAACCAAGCUACGUGAGAUUGCUAUUGGUUUUGUUGACGAUGAUCACUAUGUCCAGGUUCAUUUGUCUCCAGAUCAUCCUAUUCCACCAGUUUCUAGAAUGUGGCAUGAACAAAGUGACAUAUGCAAUGUAACACAUUUGUACUCGAGGUACCAAGUGUUGUGA